AUGCAAACCAGGCUUUGGCUGGCGACCAGCACCCUGGCAGCAGUGCUGGGCAUGGUCCUGCCCGAGGACGGCGUAUGUCGGGCACCAGAUGGCAAGGAUGGCUUCCCGGGAAUCCCUGGCCUCGAUGGGAGACCAGGGCAGAAGGGUGACAUGGGAGAGCCAGGGAAACCAGCAUACAGGACAGGCAUCAAGGGACUCAAAGGAGACACAGGCGAGCCAGGGCCUCCUGGCAUCCCAGGGAACCGGGGCCACCAUGGCUUGAGCGGCAUCCCGGGGCUCCCAGGCCAGCCAGGGCCAAAAGGAGACAAGGGGCAAGCCACAAAUAUCCUGGAGCAGCCGCGUCCUGCCUUCUCUGCCUCGCGGGUGUCCUCACUGAUGAGGGGCAGGACAGUGGUGUUUGACAACAUCAUCACCAACGAGGAGAGCUCCUACAGCCCCCAGACCGGGGAGUUCACCUGCCGCAUCCCCGGGCUCUACUACUUCGCCUACCAGGUGGUCUCCAGCGGCAACCUUUGCCUGAGCAUCACCAAGAACGGGGAGCACGUGGUCACCUUCUGCGACCACAACAGCCGUGAUAACCUGCAGGUGAACUCGGGCAGCAGCGUGCUCAGCCUGGCCAUGGGCGAUCAGGUCUCAGUGAGCACCGACCCUGCCAAGGGCAGCGCGAUUUACAGCGGCUCCGAGGCAGACAGUGUCUUCAGCGGCUUCAUGCUCUUCCCACAGAGGGGCUGA